AUGACCGAAAACGCGCAAUCGAAGGGAUCGCCGUUUUUUUCGCUUUUCCAUAGAAAGAAAAAAGUUAAUGGAGCUGUAUCCAGCGACAACCUCAAAAGCGCGUCAAGCAGUCCAGUGAAAAAAGAGGUUUGAAUUUUUUUGACUUUUUUACGCUGUCGAUGUUCAAAUUUUGAAAAAGGCUUAGUGAAAAAGGUUAGGGUUUUUAAAGGUUUUAACUUCAGAACUGAUUUCUCAGAUUUGGAUUUUUGUUUCGAGUAGAUAUGACGUUUCUUUUAGCAAUCUUUCAAGUUAUUCUGAAAAAAUCAAAUUUCAAAAUUUCAAAGCAUGCUUUGACCAAUCUCAAGAAGCCCUGAACUUUCAAGAAGAAUAACCUUUCGGGCGAAAAUUUAUUUUCUCACUUUCUCCUACCGAGUUCUUUCAGGAUAAAUACCUCAACAACAAAGAAAACAAGAAGAACGAGCUCAGCCACACAUUGCCAAUCAUCGACGCGAAGAGAUCAAGCAAAAAAUCGAGCAAAGGACGCAAAGACCUCGGGAAGGUACGAAAAACGGAUCAAUUGGAUAAUGUUUCGAACUCUUUCUUACAGUCCGUGUCUAUGGAUGUUCUGCUCGAAGGAGAUGCUGCAGUCCUUGUGGAAGCUCUUGAAGCAAUCGGAGAUGAGAAGCCGAUCGUUGCUCGGAGCAUCCCGAAACACGCGAAAAUCGUCAAGAAAGAAGACAACAGCUUGAAAAACUGUCUGUUUGAACAAGAGGUUUCAUUUCCUUUGAAUUCAGAAGGUAGGAUUUUAUUCAGGUCUACGAUACGAUGCUGUCAGAUUCGCUGCGAGUUUGCGAAAUGCUGCAGUCUCACCUCGACGACUGUAUGGUUUCUGUUCGCGCCAAGAGCCCGGAUCCUUGUACUACUCAUUCGAUCGUAGGUGUUAUUCUUCUUCUUUUUUUUCUUCUUAAGCCCUGAGCGGCGUCGGCGCCCCGAGUCGAUUAGCCGAGGUCCUAUCCUGAAAAGUGAUAAUCAGGGGACUGGCUCUAGAGACAUACUCGCUCUUGUCUGUGACGACUGGGGAUUUUUCCCACAAUCAACAUUUUUUAAACCCUUUGGUUGGGUCGAGGCGGAGAUCGAACUUGUGACCCUGUGGACCGUAGACAGGCACACAACCUGUUGCGCCACUGCCACAAUUAUUCUUAGGGAUCAUUGAUUUAUUCUUCUAAAAAUCCAGCUAUUUUUAUGAUUCUCAGGAUGGCAGAGACUCCGGCCGAGGCGCAUCUUCUCCGUCUUCAACAAUGUCCACAAGCCCCACCGUCAAGCGUUCAGUUAAACCCUAA